CAAACUCGCGACAAGUUCCACCGAUUUCUGUCCACUCCCUCUCCAUCAGCCCGGCCCGCAAUCGGACAAGAGACCCGCCGAUUUAUUCUCCUAGAAAAACGAAUCCUUUCCCUCCCUCCCCUCACCAUCCCUGCCCGAGCUGAAUUCCUCAGCCUCUUCUUCUUGUUCCGAUCCUCUUCGCCACGAGGUGGGCAGGCGGGCAGCGCCUCUCCGCGUGUGGUCGGUGUGAGCGUGCCGGUCCCGGAGGACAGCGCGGCGGCUUCUCUUCUUCCCGGUCCCGCCCCCGCCCGCGAGUCUCUGCGCAGAGGUGAAUAGGAGGGGAUUGAGGCUGCAAUUGAAACUCCGCCUUGGAUUGGAAUGCUUUUGGGAGGGUCGGGGGCUCGUCGCCGGCUGCUUGGGUUGAUGUUGGGAGCGCGCGAAUCGGCUCAAGUUCCGAUCUUGGCGAGUCUGGAAUCCCGGAAUCUUUUGGGGUUUUUGUUUUGAAGUUUUCAAGGCGGCAGGACUGUGCUGCUGAUUUGUCGGAACCCAUGGAGACUACUAGCUCAACAAAUGAGGAUACCGGUAGGGGGACAAUGUGGGAGCUGGAAAGGAAUCUCGAUCAGCCCAUGGAUGCAGAGGCCGGGAGAUUGAGGAACAUGUACAGGGAAAAGACAUACCCAACACUUGUGCUGUUACAGUUAGCUUUCCAAAGCCUUGGUGUGGUGUUUGGGGAUUUAGGCACAUCACCUUUAUAUGUCUUCUACAACAUUUUCCCUCAUGAAAUAGAAGACACGGAACAAGUUAUUGGAGCACUCUCGCUUAUUAUUUACUCCCUUACUCUGAUUCCACUUGUUAAAUACGUCUUCAUUGUCUUGAGGGCAAAUGAUAAUGGCCAAGGUGGAACAUUUGCUCUUUAUUCACUGCUUUGCCGGCAUGCAAAGAUAAACACUAUUCCUAAUCAGCAUCGAACAGAUGAAGACCUAACAACAUACAGUCGCCACACAUAUGAUGAGAAAUCUCUUGCUGCAAGUAUCAAAAGAUGGUUAGAGGGGCACCAACUCAGAAAGAAUGUCAUUCUUAUUAUUGUUCUUUUUGGUACUUGUAUGGCCGUUGGAGAUGGAAUCCUCACUCCUGCCAUAUCAGUUCUUUCUGCGACUGGAGGAAUACAAGUGGAAGAGCCCAAAAUGAGAAAUGAUGUGGUUGUCAUCGUCUCUGUGGUCAUAUUGAUUGGAUUAUUCAGCAUGCAGCACUUUGGCACUGAUAAAGUUAGCUGGCUUUUUGCGCCAAUAGUGUUAGUUUGGUUCAUUCUCAUUGGAAUACUAGGCGCUGUAAACAUCUACAAAUACGAUCGGUCUGUCCUCAAGGCGUUUAAUCCUAUUUAUGUCUAUCGGUACUUCAAGCGAGGGAGGACUAGCUGGGCUUCUUUAGGAGGAAUUAUGCUCAGCAUUACAGGGACAGAAGCACUGUUUGCUGAUCUUUCAUAUUUCCCUGUACAAGCUAUUCAGAUUGCUUUUACCGUGGUUGUGUUUCCCUGCCUUCUUUUGCAGUAUACUGGCCAAGCUGCCUAUAUAGCUCAGAAUACACACAGUGUCCCCCACGCUUUCUAUUAUUCCCUUCCAGCUUCUAUACUUUGGCCGUCAUUCAUUGUUGCAACAGCUGCUGCAAUAGUUGCUAGUCAAGCCACUAUAUCGAUGACAUAUUCGAUUAUCAAGCAAGCACUUGCUCUAGGGUGCUUCCCCAGAGUGAGGAUUAUCCAUACGUCCAAGAAGUAUCGAGGCCAGAUAUACAGUCCUGAUAUCAAUUGGAUCCUUUUGAUAUUCUGCAUCGCUGUCACUGCUGGAUUUAAAAACCAAAGCCAGAUAGCAAAUGCAUAUGGUACUGCUGUGAUAAUGGUUAUGCUUGUGACAACAUUUCUCAUGGUCCCCAUAAUGCUGCUGGUGUGGCGCAGCCACUGGACCUUGGUCAUUCUUUUCACCACGCUGUCAUUGAUUAUUGAAAUUCCAUACUUCACUGCUGUGGUGCGGAAGAUCGAUCAGGGUGGAUGGGUUCCUCUUGUGUUUGCCGCUGCCUUCCUCGUCAUCAUGUAUGUAUGGCACUACGGUACACUCAAGCGCUACGAAUUCGAGAUGCACAGCAAGGUGUCCAUGGCAUGGAUCCUAGGCCUUGGUCCAAGCCUUGGUCUUGUCAGGGUGCCCGGUGUCGGCCUGGUGUACACUGAGCUGGCGAGCGGUGUUCCUCACAUUUUCUCACACUUCAUCACCAACCUCCCGGCCAUACACUCCACCCUGGUCUUCGUCUGUGUGAAGUACCUUCCUGUCUACACCGUGCCACUGGAUGAAAGGUUCCUUGUGAAGCGAAUCGGCCCCAAGAACUUCCACAUGUUCCGCUGCGUGGCGCGGUAUGGCUACAAGGACAUUCACAAGAAGGAUGAUGACUUCGAGCAGAUGCUCUUAAACAGCCUGAUGCUCUUUGUCCGGCUGGAGAGUAUGAUGGAAGAGUACACAGACUCUGAUGAGUACAGCACCGGCCAUGAGCUGAACCAGGCAGGCAACGCCAACCCAAGAAUCAAUGGCAUCAACAACAGUUCAAACAUGGAGCUCAGCUACACAUCCCACGACUCCAUUAUACAGGUGCAGUCCCCAAACCAUACUGGGAACAGCCAGUUGAUGUCGUCAGGCCAGACGUACCAGACGGUGGGCGACGAGAUCGCGUUCCUGAACGCGUGCAGGGACGCUGGGGUGGUGCACAUCCUUGGGAACACGAUCAUCAGGGCUCGCAGGGAUUCGGGGUUCCUAAAGAAGAUUGCUAUCAACUACAUGUAUGCUUUCCUUAGGAAGAUCUGCAGGGAGAACAGUGCCAUCUUCAAUGUUCCCCAUGAGAGCCUACUGAAUGUUGGGCAAGUGUUCUAUGUGUAAGCACUGAAAGUAAAUACAUACAAGUAGAUGAGAUGUUCUUCAGCCUCAGAACUACUCAAGAGAAGAUAGCUGUGUUUGUUCAUAAUAGCUAAUAGGAGGGCGUCUUUGUUGAAAGAAUUGUACAGCAUCAUAUAUGUGUGAGCACUUGGAGCCUGAUCAAUAGUGGCCAUGUUCGUUGUGUAGAACUUGUGCUGAAUGCACAUGUGUAAUGGCUGGUUGUUAAAUCCAGAGUAAUUUUGCUGCUAUAUUUGCCA